GCACAAACUCGAUAGAAUAGUAGCAAAGACGUGUGGAGCGAAAUUUGAAAAUUUUAGUUUCGAAAGAAACGUUUUUGCUUUAUUUUAUAAACUGUACAUUGUCCGAUCUCUUUAAAAAUGCUGUGGCUUCUUCCUGUAUUUCUUAAGACAGCAUUAUACCUAUUUGGUUGUCCAGUAGGCGGAAUUUUAUCGCUUUUCAGCAACGUUAUUUAUGCAGUGUUUUUAGUUUGUGUCAUACCAAUAUAUUUUUUGUAUGCGGGGCCCGAAGCGGCUGUGAGAUUUUCUUUACUGCUUUGUGUUCAUUCACUGCUGUUAGCCAUGGUUCCCCGGAUAGUGGUAAGUUUAAAAUGUGGAAAAUUUUUCAUAAAAUUCUAUUCAGUAUAUCAAAUAUACUUCGAACGAGUUGAACCCAAAAUUUGUUGUACUGUAGUACUGUACAAUGGGCCAUUGCAUUUUUAAACCAAACCCCCCCUAUUGAGGACAUCCAUUUUUUGGACCCCCCUCCCCUGGAAUUUCCACAUUUUUUAAGCGAAUUUUUUGCCUCCCCCGUGGAAUUUCCGCAGAUUUUUAUUGAAUUUUAGCCAUCCCCAUGGAAUUUCCGCAAUUUUUUUAUGAACUUUUAACCCAUCCCAUGGAAAUUCCUUGACAGUUUUUGAUCUAGCCAGUGGAAAUUCCAUAUUGAUUCUUUGAUUAGUAGCUAUCCCUUGGAAAAUUCCUUGCUGAUUUUGAUCCUAUUCUUUGGAAUUUCUUUUCCAUUGUUGACCCUCCCAUGGAAAUUCCAUACGUUUUACUCAUUUUUCUUGUAACCUACCCUUUGGAAUUUCCGCAGAUUUGCUUUAAAAUUUGGACCCUCCCAUGGAAAUUCCUUCAUUUUUGGUUCACUUUUGCAGGGGGCCAUUGGAAAUUCCACAUGUCCUCAAUAGAGGGGGUGCAGAUAAAAAAUGCAAUGGCCCAAUGCAAUAUGGCUGAUUCCUGCAAUGUGCGGUUGACUGAUUGUAAUUUACUUCAGUCACAUGUGAGAAAAGUGCUUCCAGUUUGACUCUGCCAAACAUCACAGCAACACUGGGAUCAAUAGGAAAUUGGCCUUUACAGCAAUACUAGACCUCUAGAAAGAACAGUUUAGACAGUUAAGUUUAUUACGAUUUCUUCCGGUAGUGAUAUUGGAUCAUUACUUGCUGGAUCUCUGGGGAGAACAGUUUAGAGUUAUCAAGUAUAAAUAAAGUUAGUUUAGUUUAGGCCUAAAAAAAAUACCUGUGGUUCCGGUUCCCGACCGACCCUAUUUUUUUCUGCCGACCCUAUUAUUUUUUCAACGCCAUUGACCGUGCGACCCUAUUUUCUCCAGUUGGUUGCGGGCUGCUCAUACAGCAUGCCAAAAUGGUGUCUGUUGUCACACUAAUUAUUGGACCAAAAUACCUAAAUUCGUCCAUAGGAAAUAUGCAUCUCUAGUUAAUAUUGAUUUCGGGACUGUACUGAAAAUCGUCCAGCAAAGACCCGCCAAAACCAUGAAAAAUAUUCAAAAAAAUUUCAUUUCCGACCUACCGACCCUAAUUUUUUCAUGAUAUGAAACCAGAACCACAGGUAUUUUUUUAGGCCUUAGGUUCCCUCCUGUAGUAACACUGGAUCAAUAAGAGAUGAUCCUUACUGGACCUCUAGAGAGAACAGUUUAGAAUUUAUAGAGCUUAGUGUAGUUAAAUACUAUAGUUUUCCCCUGGUAGAUUAACAAGGAAUGGUUCUUUUUGUACCUUCGGGAAGAAUGGUUUAAAACAUAUAGUUAACAAUUUUAUUUCCAGAAACUUAUCAUUCCUAUGGCAGAGUUAGUGUUAUUUGUCGUCUUACUCUUCCUACCGAUCAAUGUGACUCCACCAAUAGCAGUAUGGUCAUAUGAGAAGCUGCUCUACCUAUCAUCACCCUUGCUUUCCGUGUUUGAAGCUAUACAUAUUGUGUUGGUUAUCAUGAAAGCAAGUCAAAUGGUUGUUGAUCAAAUGGAAGAACAGCCUAACUUAGUGAAGGUAUCAGGUGUAACUUGCUAGCCACUGUAAUUGCCCCUUAGUAAACAGGCUUUGGAUCUGAAAGAUUACCAGUCCUCCAGUUUAUAAAUGGAUACAAGAAUGUACUAAUUUGGUUUCAAUCCUUGAAAUUCCCGGCUAUGUAUAGUUAUCGAUUGACCCAUUGAGUGGCAACAUUUUCCAAGUAAAACCAUCUGGUGUUUGACAGAGUACUUAGAAUAAUAAAGUAGGGCACAUGUAUCAUUGAAGGCACAUUGUCACUUAAAUAGUUAACAGGAUGCAUGGAUUAACCUACUGAGUGGCAGGACUCUCCCCUUUAUGGGUAAAAUAAUUUGGCAUUAGACAGAGUAAAAUAAUAGAGUAGGGUGGAUCAGGGUGCAUUACUACUGAAAUGGUUAAAAUAUGCAUUGAUGAAAGUUAAUUGUCGAACUGUUUUCUAGUCUGUAAUCCUUGGUGUGGCCGCCUUGGCGUGUUUACUUGGCUCUCUUUUAUCUCGCUACAUUUACACAGUGUAUGCAAGCCAUUCUAUAAACAGG